AGACAUCCGAACAGCAGGCGGCAGCAGUGGCGGGAACUCAACCGGAAGAGCUCCAUGUUAGCAACACUUUCACCGCAGCGUCGUUUCUUGUCCUGGUUCAUCAUGAAUCCUCUGACGAAGGUGAAGCUGAUCAACGAGCUGAACGAACGUGAAGCCGACCUGGGAGUCAAAGAGACGGUGUCGUGGCACAGCGAGUACAAAGACAGCGCCUGGAUCUUUGUGGGAGGAUUUCCGUAUGAACUGACAGAAGGAGAUCUGAUCUGCGUCUUCUCUCAGUAUGGAGAGAUCGUCAACAUCAACCUGGUCCGAGACAAGAAGACGGGAAAAUCCAAAGGUUUCUGCUUCGUCUGCUACGAGGAUCAGCGCAGUACCAUCCUGGCCGUGGACAACUUCAACGGCAUCAAGAUUAAAGGUCGGACAAUCAGAGUGGACCACGUUAAAGACUACCGUCCCCCCAAAGACUCUGAGGACAUCGACGACGUCACCAAACGUCUGAGGGAGGACGGCUGUGCUCCCAAAGUUCCACAAUCAUCCUCAUCUUCCGAGGAAGACGAGCUGUACGAUGUUCCUGUGAAGAAGCCCAAGAAAGACAAGAAAGAGAAGAAGAAGAAGAAGAAAGAGAAGAAGGAGAAGAAGAAAGCUGAGAGGGAGAAAGAGAAGAAGAGCAGAGCAGCUUCCUCCUCCUCGUCUCCUCCUGCUGUCAGAGUCAAACAGGAGAAAGAAGAUGCUGCCUACGACAAAUACAACCAGAGGGACAGAGGACAGCAGGACGGACGAGAAGAACGGAGGAGGAACCGAGAAGAAGAAGAACGGAGGAGGAACCGAGAAGAAGAAGAAGAACGGAGACGAAGAGACGAUAAAAGAGACGAUAGAAGAAGAGAGACAGAGCGAGAAAAAGACAGAAGAAGAACCUCAGACAGAGACGAAGACAGAAGAAGAGAGAGACACAGAGAGGACAGAAGGUAGAACCAUGAAGAAGAGACUAAAGACUGGAUCAUAUUUCUGUUUCAGCUUUUAUUCAUCCAUUAAUUGUUUAAUUGUUUGUUUCCAGAAUUUUUUUAUUCAUGUUUAUUUUCCUCAAAAUGUUAAUGGAAAAUUUAAAUGUUUAAUAAAAAGUUUUCUAAUAAAACAAAAAA